AUGCCAAUGAAACUUGAUGGAAGUUGCCAAUGUGGCGGCAUCGAAUUCACACUCCAGUCUCAAACCCCAGUACCUUAUCAACUUUGCGCCUGCAGCAUUUGUCGCAAAGUAGGCGGGUACAUGGGCGCUGUGAAUCUCGGCGGUAUCGCCGACAGCCUGAAAGUGCUUAAAGGCCAGGAUUUAAUCAAAAAGUACCGCGGCAUCAAAGAUCGCGGAACCCCAAAUGAGGAACUCUGCUCCUCUGAGCGGAACUUCUGUUCCAAUUGCAGCUCCAUGCUUUGGCUUUGGGACCACCACUGGCCAGAGUUGAUUCAUCCUUUUGCGUCGGCUAUCGAUACUGAGUUGCCUGUGCCGGACGAAAUGGUUUGUGUCAUGGCUGACUCGAAACCUGCGUGGGCGCGUUGGCCUGAAGGAAAGAUACGCGUGCGGGAAGCUUACAAUGGCGAGACCAGUAUCGAGGGCUGGCACAAGGAGCACGAUUUAUUUGUGGAAUAA